UGUGGUCCUUUUCAGUUUAGGCCAUUCUGUGAUUCAUGAUUGAUUGUUAGGCUUAAUGUUUCUUUUAAGGGACCUGGGAGUAUGACUCUGGAAUCAGGGCUGGUCAUAGGAGAAUGUCCUUAGGAAAAUCUUUAAGUUCAUGUUUUUCUGAGGGAGCAGAAAUUGCUAUACCAAUUAAGGAAAUACAGGUUUGUGGAAAAGGAGCAGUUAAUGUACAAAUUCUAUUACAAAGAGCCCUCAACUUCUCAGAAAAUCACUUAGUACUUUAAUUAUCUGCAUUUAUGGAUUGAAAAGAUUUGCAGCAAAAAGACUGUGUUGACCAUGCUAUGAAAGUUUAGGUUAUCUGGAAAAGAGGAGCUUCAAUGCUUUCCCUUGUCUCUCCACUCCCUCUCAUAUCUCUCUUCAGAAGUUUCUCUAAAAUGAACAUGAAUGGCAGGAACGAUUUGGAAAUUGACUUCUUUGAGUUGGAUGACCUUUGCCUUGCAGUGUUUGUAGUCACUAAAUGGAAGUUUUCAAGGCAUUGGUGUCCUCCAGCAUUAGCUAGUAAUGUUUGCAGGUUUUAUAACAUAGUUUUCUGCUUUGUAUCAGGAAGGGUACUUCUGCAUAUGAGGGUGUUUUUGCAUUCUGUGAGCUCUGUUUGCUCUGUUGAAGUGUAAAUUAAUAUUUGAAACUAUUUUACUACAAAAUUGAAGUUGUUUUCACAUUGUCGACUGAUUCUUUGUAGCUUUGAGUUAAAUUUGAUGUGGAAUGUAUUGAUGUGCUUCAAUACUUACCCUUAAGAAUUCAAGCUUUUGGAUCUUCUGGUAGGCCUUCUGUAUGAGUCAAUUUCAUGCUCUCAAACUUGUAGUUUUAGUGUGGUGACAGGUGUUCUUAAAGCAGUUAAAUUUUGGAAUCAGGUUAUCUCAGAAUCACACUGGAAAAUAAUUAGCAGAAGCAGGCAGCUCUGCUUUAAUAACUAAGAGUAUUUAUCACCUGAACACCUUACUAAGGGUCGUGUUGAAUCCUCCAGCACUUUAAAGACUGCAUGACUUCUAAAAAACUAGGGGACAGUGCUUAGAUUAGUGAUACAAGGCUGUAAUAGGUAAGACUAGUGGGAUCUGUGCUGGGAAUUGGGACAUGUUAAGAUGGACAGCUGAAAAGAUGUUUGCAUAGCACGUUAUAAAAAGCAUACUGGAGAAAAGAGUGGGAAUGUGGAGUGAAUUCUACUUACACCUUUUGGAGCUAUUUUUUGAGAUAGUUACUGAGGUGAGGUGCAUCAUAUCAGAUCUCUUACUGGCAAAAGAUGUGCAGAGAUCCUGUCUACUGUCUCAACCUUUAAACCUGAGGCUGUUUCUCUUCUCUUCUCUGAGUAUUGACUGGUUAUCUUUCAUUGACUUAUCAAAACAAAGGGGAAACUGGGAAAUAUCUAUUUUGUGAGAGAACAUUAAUGCAUUUCUUGUACUGGGUAUUGGUUAAUCAUGGUUUCUUUAUAACCUCACAAAAACAAGGGGAAAGAAGUGAUGAGGGCACAACAGAAGCAACAAAAAGCUCUUGAUCAGUGUUAUUUUAUGUUCCUUUGGAAAUUUUUUGUAAGUUCUACUGUGACUGCAGUAGGCAUUUCUACACUAGUCACGGUUAUUGUGACUAAUAAGGUCGUGGUGAUAGGCAUGAAUUGUUGUGAGUGGAUUUUGUAAGCUAUCCUGGCACUCUUGGUAUGCGCUCAGGCUGCCUGCCUACUCUGAAGCCUGUACUUCUCCAUUUUCCAUAUUGCUGUAAUACACAGAGCUAGAUUGUAUAUUGGAGUGCCUAUGGGUAAAUGUGGUCAAGUUUUCAUUUUGCCAUUUAGAUAUUCUAAACAUGACUAAUAUUUUAGGGCUAUAUUCUAGUAUAUUACUUUACUUUUCUCUUGAUGCAAGUCUGAGAUACAGUAACUUAUUUCCACCAUAAGGAUUCUCCGUAGUGGAGGGCAACCUGGAGAAUCAUAUCAUUGAAGCACAGAAAUGUUUUGGGUUGGAAGGCACUUUUAAGAUCAUUUAGUUCCAGCCCCCCUGCUAUAGGCAGGGACACCUAAUAAACAGUCUGUUAUGUAGGAAGUGCUCUGACGAUUGUGGAGGCCAUUCACUUGAACAUUAAAAUGAGGGUAAAAAUACUCUCCUCUGAUUUCUUGACAUGUGUAUUGUAACUUCUGUUCUAUUCAAACAACCUGGAAGCUGUUUACUCUAGUUGUCUCACCUCUGUGCACGUGGGCCUAACUGUAAUACACAGAGGAGGCACUGUGAUAUUUUUUUGUCAUGGCAUUUUGUGGAAGAACAAGAAGCAUCAUCGUGAUUGUGAUUCACAAGCAUGGUGUGCCCUAAGUAUCUGAUCAAAUAAGUUGUUCUGUGUACAGUGAAAUUAGGUUUCAUACAAUUUUUUCUUACGUCCUCACAGGUGUUUUCUCCCUCUGCUGUUCUAGACCUUUUUACUUGUAAAAAUAUCGAGCUUAGAUUGAGUCAAACCCAUGUCUGUGAUGGCCUUUGAGUCAGGCAAUGCAGAUAACUUGAGUUCAUGCUGCAAUCCUUUGCUCAGCAAGCACAGGAAAUUCUUUCUCCUCUGCCUAGCUGUUGAUUUUCUUGAAGCUCCUGGAAACCAGGUGUAUCAGAGGGCAUUACUUUGCAGUUUAAUUUAACUGGAUCUGGUGGUGAACAGAUGCAUUUAGAGGGACGGAGGUGAAAGGAAGAGUGGGAAGAAGUGAUUGGACAGUAUGAGUCAUACAUGUGAUGUUUGCUUGGGAAACCAGGCUAAAAAAGGUUUCUGCCAGAGAGCUGCUAGUCUAAGUAUAAGACAAAACAGAACAGGCAGACAUGUGCAGUGGAAUCACAGUCUGUGAUUUGUUUAGACCUCUUGCAUAACACUCUCAAAAGCAGGUUUUGUAAACCUCUGUACUGUAUUUUUUCUUAGACCUGAAUAUGAGGCUGGCAAUGUAUUGCAUUUAAUGCAUAGUUCCAGCAUAGAAUCGUAGAAUGGUUUGAGUUGGAAGGGACCUUAAAGACCAUCUAAUUCCAAGCCCCCUGCUGUCGGCAGAGGCAAUCUGAAACAAUGGUCAUUGAACGUAUGUGGAAAAUUACAGAAGACGCAAUAUUUUUCAGCAUAGCUUGCUCUCCAUGCUUUUAUCUAACCUGAUGUUUGAAGAAGAGUGGCAGUUUGCUUUCCAGUUCAGAUCUGUGUAGAUCUGCUGUAAUGCUGGUAACUUGGAACUUAAUAAAAAAAUAUUUGCAAUUUAUUUGGAAUGUUGAAGCAUCUCUGGAGAAGCUGUUAGCUGCCAAGAACUACUGCCUUGUCUUGCUUGUCAAGGCUUUAUGGACUCUGAGAAGCAGACUGCCAAAGCUGAAAUUCUACUAAUAUUGAAGCAUUAGUUGUAAGGAAGCUGGUGGCAUCUCCCCAGUAGUACUCUCUGUGGGCUUGGGCUUGGUGUAAACAGGACAUAUAGUGAAUGUAUGGUUUAUGGGGUGAAUGUUUAAUGCUAGGAUCACUCUUAGUGGACUUAAAAGAAUCCAGUGUUCAGUAUUAGAAUAGAAUAUAUCCUACAGUUAAAAAUAUUUUGAAACAAUUGUUCUGCCUUGUUUCCUGGAUUGAUAUGUUUGUAUAAUUAACAUCCACAAGUCUAAUGGAAUACUGCUGCAUUUAUUGUAUUUACUUCUUAAAUAGUAAUGGCCUUGGGUUCUUGUUUUUUAUUUUUUAUGUAUGUAUGCUCAAAAUUCAGCAGUACCCAAGGAAUCAGAGAAGCCAUUAAAAAGUGAAAGUUUGUAGUAAAGGCAUCCGCAAGAGUCUUGUCUUUCUAAGUUUUUAAGUAUUGUGUUAAACACUUGAAAGUUGUUUGUUUUUCAUUUUAGUAACUGGUAUCAUGUUGUUUUUCAAGUGUAGGUCUGCAUGUCUGUCAGUAUUUGUUUGACUGAAGUUUAAGGUUAGUUCAAAUGCCACAGAACAGAAUAUGUUGCUCAGCAAAGGAUGAGUGCUGUAUUACAGUGUUGUUCUAAAAGUACUGUGAUGGUGUGCUUUCCCUGUGUGCUGAGAAUUCAAGCCAGUACUCUUAGCAGUGUUGUUUUAAAUGGUCACUGAAAAUCUGAUUUUGUUGCCUACUUUGCCUACUGUUUAAACAUUGACUCAAGCUACUGCUAGUACUUAUAACACUUUUGCAAGUGCUACUUAAUAAGAAAGAACCAUUUAAUGCUGCUCACUGCAUCUUACAAGUUUCCAAGUUAAUUGUUAAAAUUCUCUAUUCAAUGGUUCUGUAUGUCUUGUGUUUUUUGUUUGUUUUGUUUUGUUUUGUAUUUUUUUUACCUUUUAGUUGGGUCAUAGAUCUGUAGCUAAAAUCAUCUUCACAUGGACUCAUAAAUUUAACAAUCAUUCUAGUGUAUAUUGUCACAGAAGUUAGGACUGCCACAGUUAUAAAAACUGAUGGAGAAUGUACAUGUUACGUGUUUAGAGUCAUGUUAGGAUUCCAAUCUUAAAUAUUGUCUAUUUUUUAACAUACAAUUUUCUCAUGUGCUUCUAUGAUAGAUUAUUAAAAUAUUCCCUCUGCUCCCAAGCAAAACAAAACAAAACAAAAAAACGUACUAGAUAGUUUAGGUGGGAAACUCAAAGACAAAAUUACUCAUAGGGCUGGAAGUUGAAGUAAAGUAAAGUAAAGGUGAAAACAGUGAAAAAAUAAUGCACAGUAAAAAUAGUACAUGAUUGAACUUAAGCAGAUGAAAAAGUAGUGUGAUUGGGAAUUGGCAAUUUGUAUUGGGACCAAAGCAGAACAUCAAAAGACAAGGAAUUUAACGUAUUCUGUGGAGAAUGUGCAACAUUUCAGUGUUAUACAAACAGAUCUAUUGAGUUAAAUUGGCAGAAUGUAAGCCCUUCAAAGUGAAGAAGUUGGAUAAGCAAAGGUUAGAGCUAUUUGUGUAAUUUGGACUUUGCUUUCCUUGCGUAUGCCAAGUAGGAGCUAAUUAAAGUUAAUAAAAUUAAUUAGUUAUAUGUCGAAAGGAGGAUUAUAAAACAGCGUGUGCAUAUCUUAAAAUGAGGCACCCUAUUGAAAGGAAUCAAGACUUAUUAUGAAGUAUUUUGACUAAAGAUAUCCUUGGAUAUAGUUUCUAGCUGAAGCUUCUGUUCACUGGAGGUAAAUUUUUCCCCCUCACAUAUACAAAUAUGUUAUUGGUUAAUAAAAGUUAAUACCUUGUCUUGUCAUCUGUCUCUAGCCUGUAUCCCUAGUCUGUCCUUACUUGCCAUAUAUAUUUGGUCAGAAAGGGAAAUGGAAUUGCUGACCUUUUAAUUAGCAUGUACUAGAUCUUGACAGUUCAGAGGACUUCUUAAAUGGAAAAGGAUUUUUUAAAUUUCUAAGAAGUGAAGAACAGCAAAUGAAUUUUGUCACAAACAUCAAGCAGAAAAUUAAUAGUUCUCUGAUGGCCUGUUAGUAUUUAUGGAAGAUAUCCCUUGCUGAUAAGCAUAGCCUUUCCAUUAUGACUUAGAGCAAGCAUGCUUGUGGAGCUCAAGGAAGUAAAACUUGGACUUAAAACCUCUGUAUUUCCCUAGGUGCAAGUAAUGUCACAAUUUUAGUUGAUGACCAAAGCUAUGCAUUUAGGGAGUGCCAGUACUUAGACUAUUUUGGUGUUGGCUGUAGGCAGGACAAGAGAUGUUGGAUUAAUCUUUGACUGGCUGUUCUGCUCUGUUUAAUAAAAACUAAUGUGUUUUUGUGUGUUAUGCAGACCAUUCUCCAGAUCUGAAACAAAAAUGUCAAACUUGGGAGUUGAAUAUUAAAGAACAGUUCUGAAUUUAGUUAGGUAUGCACUGGAGAGAUACUUGAGAGUGAAAAUAGUAUCUGUGGAGUAGGAGUCAUGGUGUUUAUGGGGAAAAGUGGUAUGUAUGGUGGAGGAAAAACGACAAGUGAUUUUUAGGUUGUGAAACAUGACUAGGCAAGCAAGGGGGAGGGAAGUCUAAAAUGUGCCAUAAAACUAACUGUUGAAUGUGUGAUUCCAGAUAUGCAGAGGAGCAGGCUCCACAUGGGCAGAACUUUGUCACGAGGUUGUUUCAGAAACUGUCUUGUGGGCUGCAUUGGGCAUGAGGACUGAGAAAUCAGAGGCUAAAGCCUAAACUUCUGACAUGGCCACAGCCUCACCGAGAACUGAUACAAGUAACAACCAUAAUGGAAGGUUACAGAUGCAAGUAACAGUUUCUAGUGCCAAACUGAAACGGAAAAAGAAUUGGUUUGGAACAACUUUCUACACGGAAUUAACUGCAGAUGGAGAAAUCAAGAAAACAGCAAAAUCAAGUAGUUCUUCAAAUCCAAAGUGGGAUGAACAGCUGACAGUGAAUGUGACUCCACAGACUACGCUGGAAUUUAGAGUGUGGAGCCAUCACACUUUAAAAGCAGAUGCUUUAUUAGGAAGAGCCACUGUAGACUUGAAACAAGCUUUGGAAAUACACAAUAGAAAAUUGGAGAAGGUGAAAGAACAGUUGAAACUAUCUUUGGAAAACAAGAGUGGCAUGGUGCAAACAGGCGAACUGACAGUCGUGCUCGAUGGUUUGGUUGUUGAACAAGAAUCUCUUACAAAUCUCAGUUCACCAGCAACCAUAGAAGUUCAGCAAAAUGGAGAGGCUGUGCAUGAAAACAGAGAUGCUUCGGCAAGAAAUGCAUCAAGGUCUGCUUGUGAUGUUUCUAAUGGGAAUGACAAUCAAGUACCUUCAAACUCUGUAGUUCAGAAUGCAUUCUGCAUUGAAGCUGUUAAUGGAAACAACUCACCAUCUCCUACACAUGUUGCAGCCAGACCCAAAAAUACACCUGUACCAAAACCACUUGGAACUGAGCUUGUCAACAGCACUGUUAAUGGUGAGACAUCUUCCUCUGUACCAGAAACUGGUAAUUCUUCUGUCUCUGAAGCUAUGGGAGGUUCAGAAGCUCCCAUGUCUACGGAUUGCACUAACACUACAGCAGAACCUCAAUCAACGGAAGAAGCAGCUAGCUGUUCUGAAAGCCACACUUCCACGCUGUCUGUUGUGUCUGCUGGACUAGAAGCUUCAAGUACUACAGACUGUCCUCAGCCUACUACCACAAACAGUACAGCAGCAGAUGCAGCAAAACCAAGGGAAUCUUCCUCAGCCACAAGUGCAUCAGGAGAGCCUGUAAGACAACAGACUGUUAAUGCUGGCUCAGAACCUUUACCAGCAGGGUGGGAGCAAAGAAAGGAUCCUCAUGGUAGAACCUAUUAUGUUGAUCACAAUACACGAACUACAACGUGGGAAAGACCACAGCCCUUGCCUCCUGGCUGGGAAAGAAGAGUUGAUGAUCGUGGAAGAGUUUACUAUGUGGACCAUAACACCAGAACAACAACAUGGCAGCGACCAACAAUGGAAUCAGUCAGGAACUUUGAGCAGUGGCAGUCUCAGCGUAAUCAACUGCAGGGAGCUAUGCAACAAUUUAACCAACGAUACCUCUAUUCGGCUUCGAUGUUGUCAGCAGAGAAUGAUCCACUUGGGCCUUUGCCACCAGGGUGGGAAAGGAGAGUGGAUUCAAAUGAUAGGGUGUAUUUUGUAAAUCAUAACACAAAGACAACACAAUGGGAAGACCCUCGAACUCAAGGUUUACAAAAUGAGGACCCUCUUCCGGAGGGCUGGGAAAUCAGAUACACUAGAGAAGGUGUACGAUACUUUGUUGAUCAUAAUACAAGAACUACCACCUUCAAUGAUCCUCGUACCGGGAAGUCUUCUGUAAAUAAAGGGCCACAGAUUGCCUAUGAGCGUAGCUUUAGGUGGAAACUUGCUCAUUUCCGUUACUUGUGUCAGUCCAAUGCACUGCCAAGCCAUGUGAAAAUCAAUGUAUCCAGACAGACUUUGUUUGAGGAUUCCUUCCAGCAAAUUAUGGCAUUAAAACCCUAUGAUUUGAGGAGAAGAUUGUAUGUUAUAUUCAGAGGAGAAGAAGGAUUGGAUUAUGGUGGAUUGGCAAGAGAAUGGUUUUUCUUGCUUUCCCAUGAAGUACUGAACCCUAUGUACUGCCUAUUUGAAUAUGCUGGCAAGAGCAACUAUUGCCUACAGAUAAAUCCAGCGUCAACAAUCAAUCCUGACCAUCUUUCAUAUUUCUGUUUCAUUGGGCGUUUUAUUGCCAUGGCAUUGUUUCAUGGGAAAUUUAUUGACACUGGUUUUUCUUUGCCUUUCUACAAACGAAUGCUGAGCAAGAAACUUACUAUUAAGGAUCUAGAAUCUAUCGAUACUGAAUUUUACAACUCACUAAUUUGGAUAAGGGAUAAUAACAUUGAAGAGUGUAACUUGGAAAUGUACUUCUGUGUAGAUAUGGAGCUCUUAGGAAAAGUAACCUCACAUGAGCUGAAAUCAGGAGGUUCCAAUAUCUUGGUUACUGAGGAGAACAAAGAAGAGUAUAUCGGGCUCAUGGCUGAGUGGCGAUUUUCUCGGGGAGUUAGAGAACAAACCAAAGCUUUUCUUGAUGGUUUUAAUGAAGUUGUUCCACUACAGUGGCUACACUACUUUGAUGAAAAAGAGCUGGAGGUUAUGCUCUGUGGUAUGCAAGAAGUUGAUUUAGCAGACUGGCAAAGGAACACUGUUUAUCGUCAUUAUACAAGGAAUAGCAAGCAGAUCAUGUGGUUCUGGCAGUUUGUAAAAGAGACAGACAACGAGGUUCGCAUGCGACUUCUGCAGUUUGUCACUGGCACUUGUCGAUUACCUCUGGGUGGAUUUGCUGAACUUAUGGGAAGUAAUGGUCCUCAGAAAUUCUGCAUUGAAAAAGUUGGUAAGGAAACUUGGUUACCAAGAAGUCAUACUUGUUUUAAUCGUUUGGAUUUGCCACCCUAUAAAAGCUACGAACAACUGAAAGAGAAGCUGCUCUUUGCCAUUGAAGAGACGGAGGGAUUUGGUCAAGAGUAGAAGCAGCUUCUAGUCCAGAAGGAGACUUUGCAUAUUAAAAGGCUCAGCCAACUAAAAUUGCACACUUAAUUGUAUAUAAGCUUUUUGUUCUGUACAGUGAUCUUUCUGGAACUCUAAAAGUAGAAUUGUUCUCCGUUCUUCCACAAAGAUAUGCAAAACAGUUCAGCCUUUUCUACUUUUAUUUAUUGCCCUUACAAAAGACCAGAAAAAUCCCUCCUAAAUGUUGAAAGCAGACAAGAGUCUUAUUUAAAAUAUAUAUUAAAAAUAUAAAUAUAUAUACUAAUAAGCUCUAGUUUUAUAGAGCUUUAAGUGUAUGAAAAGUUGCAGCCAUUUAAAAGGGCCUGGAUUUGCUUUAUCUUGGCUUUAUUAUUUAGAAAAAUGUUUAAACUGCUCUGUGUUCUCUCUUAAGAAACAUCUCCAAGUUUGUUUUAUUGCAUGGCUGUUCUAAAAGGUGUUAAAGGCUUAGGCCAAACGUAUCCUAAAUAUGUAGAAAGAUGCUGCUGGUAUUUGAGACGACAGAAUAUGAUGUUCUGUCAGUUUAAUUUUUUAAAAUACAUUAAUAGCUGGUAUAUCUCUCUUUACUACACUGAUGUAGCCAAGGUCAUUAAUAAAGCCUUUAUUACUUGCACAAGAGUAAUGUACAAUAAGAUGAAUGUGAUUUAAUGUUGAAAAGAAUUGGUGCCACUGUUCUGACUUGUUGUAGGAGCUGAACAGAAUAUUUUGAUUCAUUUGAGCAGCAUUGAAAUUUGUUUACAUAUUGCCUUGGGUUAUUACCACGAGGAUGUUAGGUAAUCUUCAAAGAAAAAAUAAUAAUAAAAGAGAAACUAUUACACAUUUUCUCCUUGGUCUGUUGUCUUACAGGUUUUUUAUUUUUUAUUUUUUUUGAUCUGUGAUGUGUUUUUCACAGCUUCAUAGAGUUAUUACUGUAAACUGAGAUAUAAGGGUAGACAAAAGGUAAUGUGAACUUUGCUGCUUUCUAUACUCAUGUUCAGUUUCUGUUAUUGGAUCUAGUAAACCCAAAUAAAAUUAAAUUGACAUAAGCUUUGCACAGUUAAAACUAUUUUGAAGUAGUAAAUACUCUUAUUUCUCUUAAGUUCCUGUAGAAAUUCAGAUGUACCUAAAUUAUGUCCAGAACCUGUCAUUCUUUUCUGUAGGCCAAAUUUGUCCCGUGUGCAUAGUAAUCAGUGAUUUAAAACUUAUUAUUUUUAUUUUUUUGGUGUUGAGGGCAUUUGCUGAACUGAAAAGAUGUUUGAUAAAAGUUAUGACACCUUAUUCAUGUGAAUUCUGUUAAAUGCUUCUUUCUAGCAAACUGUGCUUCCUUAUAAAGUAUGUUUAAAACUACCAUUUGUAUUAUGCUUUAAUAUUAACUGUAAAUUCCAUUACAUUUAACUUAUACAGAAUUUUGUACACACAUAAAAAUGAUUUCUUAAAAUAAGAUUAAAAACAUUUCUGUAACAUAUCAUAUUGCACUGUUAAAAGUGUACACGCAGAAAAAACAGCUAUAUCUGUUCUUGUAUCUUUCCGAUACAGCAUCUGAAUUCACUGAAUUCUGCCAAACCUUUAUUUUUCUACAGACUGGAUUCUCUGGAGGCUUUGUAUUCAAAAUGGCACAGUUUACUGUGGAGCUGCUAAGCUGUAUGUAGCUUUGAUAACAGUGGUACUGCACCUGGCCCAACGAGAGCACUAUCUUACGUGAACUUUCCAUAAGAGUUUCAACAGCUUAUAUUUGAAAGAUUUUCAUACUACACCACUUAUCUUCUGCAAAGCUGUUUUCAUAAAUACAUCAUUGAUUUUGAGUGUAAUAGCACCACAAUUAUGACUUACAGGUUAGAAGUGGAGUAAGCUUGAAAGAAGUCAAAGGCAGGGCAACAGAAGCAAAGCUUACAGUUCAGAGGUCUAAAAUGUCAUACAGUUAAACUUCAUGAAUUUGCACUAAUGAAUGACUUGGUAACCCACUACCAACUGCUGAACUUUGUGAAUCUGUGAGUAAGUUAUUAAAACAAUAAUAAAGAAGACAGCACAUCACAA